UUUUCACCACUUUCUGAGCCGAAAAAGAGAGAGGGAGACCCGUCCGCCCGUCGGCGGCUGGAGCGGAGCAGACGCUGACGCUGUGUGAAUGUCCAGCAUAUACAACUGACAGCCACCAUGUCAGGUCUAACACAACAGAGUGGCAGCCUGCAGGGUCUGGAUGAGGCGGAUAUUCUGGACCCAGAGUUUCAGCAGCGUUUGGAAGACGCUCGCACCCUGCUCAGGCAGGAGAUCCAGCGGGAGCUGAAGAUCAAGGAGGCCGCCGAGAGACUACGGAGGGCCGUCACCAAUCGCAAGAGCGCAGCUGACGUGGAGGGCCAACUCAAGGCCUCGAGUCGCAAGCUGGACAAGUUGCACUGGGAGCUGCAGGAGCUCAAUGCCAGGUCUAUGGCCACAGAGAAGGACAGCACCACAGGUUGCUCGGAGCAGGAAGACAACCUGUCGACAGAGUCGUGUCAGUGGGAAGAGGCCACAUCACCAGUGGCCAGUCGAGUCAGAACCCUGAAGAAACAGCUCACCAUGGAGACCAAAGUCAAACAGGGUGCUGAGAACAUGAUCCAGACUUACACCAACAGCUCAGUCAAGGACAGGAAGAUGAUGUCUACAGCCCAGCAGAUGUUACAGGACAGUCGCACUAAGAUUGAGCUCCUGCGCAUGCAGAUUAUCAAAGUCAGUCAAGGCAGAGACGUGAUGGACGGCUCACACGGUAACCCUGGAGAUAUGAUCAGUCCUCUGGAGCUGCGGGUGGCUGACCUCAAGCACCACAUGAGGAUUGAAUCCGCUGUUGCAGAAGGUGCCAAAAAUGUGGUGAAGCAGCUGAGCGGAAAUAAAGUCCAGGACCGACGCAUCCUUGCAGAGGCCCAAGCACGGAUGCAAGAGUCCUCUCAGAAGGUGGAAUUGUUAAGCCUUUCUCUGGAGAGGCGUUUAAGUGAGCUGCCUCAGGAUCAUCCCAAAUAUGCUGCCAUCAAGGAGGCGCUCAUGUUAAGAAGCUCACCCUCCUACGGGAUACCAAAGAAGCAAUCAAACAAUCCAUCUCCUUCUUCUUCCUUCCUCCUCAAACCAGCCAGUCUAACAGGUCGCUUGGAGGUGUGUUUGAUGGGCUGCCAGGACCUUUUGGAGUCGGUUCCGGGCCGUGGUCGUGUGCCCAGUGACUCAGAUGGAAAGUCUCUGAAGGUGAGAGCCGGCCUAUCAGGACGUAGCACCAAUGGCAAGACAACCAAGGCUGAUGAGCUGUCCUCGGAGAUAAGUGCUGUGCUGAAGGUGGACAACAGGAUCGUGGGGCGCACACACUGGAGACAGCUGGGCAAAGAGGCCUGGGGGCAGAGCUUCAGCAUCGAACUGGAACGGUCCAGGGAGCUGGAAAUUGCUGUGUACUGGAGAGACUGGCGAGCGCUAAGUGGAUUGAAGUUCCUGCGGCUUGAGGAUUUCCUGGAUAACCAUCGACACGGCAUGUGUCUGCAGCUGGAGCCUCAGGGCAUCCUCUUCAUCGAGGUGACAUUUAUCAAUCCUGUCAUUGAGCGGCGCUCCAAACUCCAGAGGCAGAGGAGGAUAUUUCCUAAAGCAAAAGGGAAGGACUUCCUGCGUGCUGCCCAGAUGAACAUGAACUUUGCCACUUGGGGCCGUUUGAUGAUGAGCAUCCUGCCUCCCUGCAGCUCCCUGGAACCCAUGAGCCCUCCAUUAACGGGCCCUAACACUAGCCCCCCAUCAUCCACCACUUCCCCGCUACGAGAACCUGCCGCAGUGAAUCUAAAUCUUACAGAAGAACAACCCGGCAGAUCUCCACAGCGCACGAGAAAGAACACUAAAGACUCUCCACUGAGUCCUGCUGAGAACAAGAGCCCAAAGCCCAAACGACAGCCCUCGACCCAUACACCCCCACUCAACGAACUACUAAAGUUGGAAGACUUCAACUGCAUUUCAGUCCUGGGGAGAGGUCACUUUGGUAAGGUGCUGCUAGCAGAGUACAAGAAGUCUGGCAAACUGUACGCCAUCAAAGCCCUGAAGAAAGGAGACAUCGUGACACGGGACGAAGUUGACAGCCUCAUGUGUGAGAAGAGGAUCUUUGAAGUGAUCAACACCUCGCAGCAUCCUUUCCUGGUGAACCUGUACGGCUGCUUCCAGAGUGCAGACCACGUGUGCUUUGUGAUGGCCUACUCCCCCGGAGGAGACCUCAUGACGCACAUUCACACCAGCAUCUUCACUGAGAAACAGGCCUGGUUUUAUUCGUCCUGUGUGCUGCUCGGCCUGGAGUUUCUGCACCAAAACAAAAUAGUUUAUAGGGAUCUGAAGCUGGAUAACCUGUUAAUGGAUGCAGAUGGUUAUGUCAGGAUAGCAGACUUCGGCUUGUGCAAAGAAGGUAUGGGCCACGGGGACCGCACCUCAACAUUCUGUGGCACACCAGAGUUUUUGGCCCCGGAGGUGCUGACGGACAACAACUACACCCGCUGUGUGGACUGGUGGGGGUUUGGGGUCCUCAUCUAUGAGAUGCUGGUGGGCGAGUCUCCUUUCCCAGGUGAUGAUGAAGAAGAGGUGUUUGACAGCAUCGUCAACGAUGACGUACGCUACCCUCGCUUUCUCUCCCCCGAGGCUGUGUCCCUCAUUCAAAAGCUGCUGCAGAAAAAUCCUGAGACGAGACUUGGAGGAGGAGAGGAAGACGCCUCGGCGAUCAAAAGACACAAAUUCUUUCAGGGAAUGGACUGGGGCGCUCUCCUGGCCAAAAAGAUCAAGCCUCCCUUCCUGCCGGUAAUCAAAGCGCUGAAGGACGUCAGCAACUUCGACGAAGAGUUCACCCGUCUGAAGCCGGUCCUCACCCUCCCCCGGACGCCUUGCGUCCUCACCGCCGAGCAACAAGAAAUCUUUGCUGACUUUGACUUCUCUUUCAUGAGAUGACCAGAAACAACAGUCCUGCCUUUUUCAUGUCCACACAGUCCCACAUCUUUCAGGUUCACAUCGUCUCUGUGGUAACUGCGACACACCACAAAGUCCUUCAGACCCUCAGAGAGGAGCGACAGGCUGCAGCCACGCUCACUUUGCUGGACUGGCUCAGUUAGCUAACUUUUUAAGAUUUUUUUUUGUUUAUGCCAAACUGAUUUUGAAGUAUUCUAUGCCAACUGUUUCUAUCAUCAAGCUGUAGGAUCAAACAGCUGAACAUGUGCUCUUAAAUUAUGAAAUAUCACCAGUGCAAUAUUUUUACCACCGGACAUUGUUCAGUGAUGUUCCGAAAUUCAGCACAGAACUGCCCUAUCUAUCCAAAGUACUACACUGUAAAUAUUUGUAAUCUUAAUGAAGAAAAUUGACUCUGAAGGCCAAAGCAUCGAAUGCACCUUUUUCUAUUUAAUAUAGCCAUUAUACGUCCAUCUGCUGUUAUCCUCUUAUUAUGUUGUUGGGGUGUAUUAUACUGUGAGUUCUUUUGUAGAUUUCUCAGUCAGUACAAUUGUUAUUUUAAAGUAAUGCUAUCUUGAAGAUUAUGAUCAAACCAGCCUAUAUGUAAAGUUUAAACUGCAUGAAGAAAAAUAUGAAUGAAUAAACUGAUAUCUGCUGGACUCUGAA